AUGGACAAACAAUUUGCUUCGGGCAGUGUUUCAAUGUCAGGGACGUUCAAGCGAUUGUACGCAUCGUCUAAACAAAGUUUGAAUACGAAAGCACCUCUAAAGAGUCACAACUUUUUAUUGAUCAACUCCCACUUCGUUUCACUUCACCUCGCCCAUCAAGAUCAUUGUGGAAAGAUACUCGAAAUCAUCAAAGUACCAUCUCAUCGAUAG